GCAUUUCCAGAGACUAGUGAAUCACCAUCAUUUUCAGAUGAAGAACUUUCAAAAAUUUAUGAAAAUUUAUCUACUCCACUUUCCGCACGUUUACCUAACAAGUUAUCUCCUGGUGGCAUAAUUGAUAAAUUAGCAUUAUUAACCCCAAAUUCUCGUGAAAGUCGACAACUACCUUUAUCAGAAUUGCCAUCUGCUAAAUUAAUCAAAGAAUCUUUAGAAAAUGACAUUAUUCCUUUGAUGGAUACACUAGAAAAGGGAGAUUUAGGUUUACAACAUUACAACAAUGUUAUGUAUGCUUGUAAUGUAAAAUUGGCAGAAUUGACAUUACAAAAAAUAAAGGAUGUAGGAUUAACUCCAAAUGUUUUUACAUAUGAGCAACUAAUAAAUGUUUAUUCGAGUGUGGGAGAUGUCAAAAAUGCUUUAUCUGCAUUUGAUAUGAUCGAAAAUGCUGGGCUUGAGCAAACAGUAUACAGCUUUGCAAAUUUAAUUAAAGCAUAUGUAAACAAUCUACAAAUUGAUGAAGCCUUCAACGUCUAUUCCAAAAUGAAGGCCGCUAAAAUAAUGCCCAAUCAAGGAUGCAUAAAAAAUCGCGAGAUAGCACGUGCUUGGAAAACUUUUGAUCAUAUGCGACUAGAAGUUUGCCAACCUGAUGAAAUGAGAGAUGUAGAACGAGCUUUUGAUCUGUAUCAAGAGUUGACAGAAAAAGGGUUAUGUCCAACUGAU